GAUUGUUCACAAUAAAAGUGACAACUGCUGGUGGCGUUGCAACAAACAAUUCGCGAAAAAAUCAUUGUACGUACCACUGCAAAAUUGUAUGCAAAAUUUAUAACAGCGAUAAGAAAAUACAUACUUAGCUCUUACUUUGAAAAGUAUCGAAAUUCAUAUUUAAUCAUCUAAGUAAAUACAAAAAACAGUAGUUAUUUGUUUCAUGUAAAAUGGUAAAAACCAAUUAGCCAGCGAAUCGUUGGUGGUGACAACAAUUGCAGAGAACACAAUUGUGGCACUGAAGGCCGAGAAAAAAAGAAAGUACAGCAAAUAAGCGGCAAGGCAAGCAAUGGCUUUAGCCCAUGUAGGAGAGAAUAAACCCCCAAUUCUUCAUAUACUGGUGGUAGGAUUCCACCAUAAAUUAGGUUGCCAAGUUGAGUUUUCCCACCCUCCACUUAUAACGGGCACAACUGGCAAGAAUGAGUGUCCAUCAGGCUGGAAAUAUUUGCCCACUUUAGCGCUGCCCGAUGGAUCACAUAAUUUCGCCGAUGAUACGGUAUUUUUUAACUUGCCUAGUCUGACUGAGCCUACGGAGAGCGUAUAUGGCGUUUCUUGUUACCGGCAAAUACCGAUUGAGAAAUUGACUAUACGCACCGCUGACAUGACACGCAGUACAGUGCAAAAAUCGAUUGUGAUCCUUGCGCGGCUACCCAUCUACGGCUAUAUAGAGGUGAAACUCGCUUUAAUCGCUGAUGCUUUCUUCGAGAAAGGUGACUUCUCAUGCACUGAAUUUCUAAUAAAGGCAUACCAGCAACUUAAUGCUUGCCUGUUGGACGAUGAAACCCAACGACCGUUACGCAAUUUUCAUGUAGGAUUAUCGCUGCGCGAGAUCGUCCUGCACUGGCGUCACAAAAUGCUCAUACUUUUUAAAUUGUUUCUCUUGCAAAGACGUGUUGUGUGUUUUGGUUCACCGGUACGAGGUAUGUGUGUACUGCUGUUAGGCAUUGCUUCUCUUAUACCACGUCUGUUGGAAAAAGGCUUCCAAGAAGUAGCAUGUGUGCGUACGUCGCGCCCACUAUCGCCAAUGCCCGACUUUACAGAUUCUAUACAAAAGGAAGCAGCUGAAUUGAAAGAACGUGAACAACCCAUAACUGUUUUGGCACAAAAUGUGCAAUCAGAGGAAGUAACUUCAAAAAUAUGCGAAAAUGUUUGUGAAGACGGUGUGGAAAAUGGUAUUGGUGUUGCAGUAGACGAUUGUACCUUGGUAUCGUCCGCGAUGUCGGCAGCGAGCCAAGCGGCUAGUGAUGACACAUCGACUGUGGCUUCAGCUUCGACCAACACAUCGUCGCAGUCAACAAAAGAGUUAAACCGUUUGGACUCAUUAGAAGGUGUUGGAGAAGUGGGAAACAAACGUUUUGUGCGCAGUGAUUCACUAACUCGCGAAGGGAGUGUAGAUACAUUGGCAUACCCACUCUGCAAUUUGGCUUCAAUAAAUCCAGAUGAAUAUCGCGCACCCAUUACAAUCUUCGCCAGUGGUAACCUCUUUUUGCCAUAUCUCUCGUUGCCAUAUAUGGAUUUACUAAGUGACCCGUCUGUAUUAAGCUAUGUCAUAGGCACUUCGAAUGUAUUAUUCCAACAGAAGCGUCAACUUGCCGACGUUUUGGUGGAUGUAGAGAAUGCCAAUAUAGACACACUUGACGCAGAUCUACGACGUCAACUGGUGUUGAGUACAGAAGAUUUGCGUUUUAUGGAUUAUCUGCUUAAACACGUACAGUCGCCAAAAGAAGAUGCUGAGGGCAGCGAGCAUUGGAUACGCGAUCAAUUUCAGGGUUAUAUACUAGCACUACUGCGUACCGCUGUGGCAAAUGAUGUUAUUGCCAAGGACAACGAACACUUCAAUGCACAGUUUAUGCAGGCAUUUAAGCACACCCAAUGCUUUCAGGAAUGGUAUGACGUGCGUCCUGAUGCUGAAUUUUUCGACGACUUGCCAGCCGGCCAUCCCUUUGCUGGCACACUUUCUGUGGCCGAUAUGAAGCUAAAAAUUGCACAAACAAUGCAAAAUAGCGAAAGUGGCCGUAAAAUAAAUCACGCGGUAAAUACUACCAGCCGUGUUGUUGGUGUUGCGCUGUCGCAGGCCAAAGGCACAUUCUCAACCUGGUGGUCAUCCAUCACCACAGCGCCCACGCAAACAGCCACAGCAACAACAGCCGCUGAUGGUGGGGAUGGUGAUGCAGAAGCAAGCGGCAUGAUGGCACAGCAACAGGAACAGCAAGAAGUCACCGUGACAUUCCAAAAAAAUUUUGAUGACCCAGAACGUGUAAACAUACACAUUGAGGGCGAAAAGAAAACCACAGACAUUGUGAGUAACACUAGUAGUAGCGGCAGUGAAAAGCCUAUUGACAGCGCCGAAGAAUUGGAUGAAGAUGAGGUGGUGAAGUUGACUGAAGAAAAUGUUAGUGAGAUAGACCAAAUGAGCGCACAACAAAGGCAACAAGGUAUUGUCGAAAUUGGACGCGAAGCUGACGUAUUAGAUAAACCCAAAGCUGCACCUUUGCCAACACCCACUUGUGGCACAGAUAUUGCAAAUGAGGCACCUCGCGGCAACGGUGACGUGUUUAUUGUGUGAAUUUGUUAAAAAAAAAAAAUUGUUUCUUUAUUUGUUAUAGUUUGUGCGCAAUAUUUUGCUUAUUAUGCAUGAAUGAAGUUUAUAUUUUUUGUAAUUCAAUGAAUUUAUGACUGCUAAUGAGAAUAAUUCUUUAUAUUACUUUAAAACCCCCAAACUGUUUUUUCUUUGUUUGCCACCCGUCAAAACUAUCCUUAGUUUACGUAUAGCUUUUGCAUUUUGUUCAGUUGUAACAUUACACCUCUGUGUCAAAGUCCUUUUUGGGUAAGAUAAUUUUGCGAAUAUUUAAUAAAAACUAUGAUUUAAUAUUGCGUUAGCGCAAAGGACUACGAAUGUAUGCGACGAUUAAGUAGAAAUUAUUGUUUGAUUUUUUUUAGUUUUAAAUGAAGACAUUAGAGCUAAUUUGAAAUUUAAAAAUUUCAACUAAUAUCUUCAUAGUACUCUAAAUAUAAAUCGUCCUUUUCUAGUAUAUUACAUACAUAAAUAUAUUUAAACAAAGAAUUUUUGUAGCUGUUUCAAGUGCAAUUUACAUUUCAUAAACAAAUCAACAACCAAUGACCUUUCAAAGAGAAGAGAAACUAUAUGUAGUAGAACAUUUGCUCUAAGCUUUGGGCGGCAAUAAUUGAAACAAAACAAAAAAUACCGGAA